GAGUGUGAGUUCCACACAACCACUCUUCAUCUAAUCUUUUGCUUCUUCUGAUAAUCGUGAUCACUAGCAUGGGGGAGCUUCAGGUUUUCAUUUCCAUGAUCCUCCCUUUCUUCAUCUUCUUGUUUAUGUUGCUCACCAUCUUUUGGAGGAUGUCAUCAUGAUCACUCAUGAAGGAUGUCAUGGAGGCAGUUUAGGGUUCUCUGUUGUUGAUCUGCAUCCUCCAUUUGGAUAGGAUACUCGAGAACAUUGUGACAGAUCAUAGGGACAAAAUUACAGUUGGUGGAGGAGGAGGAGGGGAAGAUCUUGUUGAUAUUCUUUUAAGGCUUCAAAAGCAAAAUGAUCUCCAAUAUCCCUUAUCAGACAGUGUUGUCAAAGCAAUCAUUUUGCUUCAGGCAAAGAAAAUGCAAUAACUUUUUCGAACCCCACUUCCCUUUUUCUUCAAAGUUCGAAUCUUUUGCCCUUGUCAUGUCAAUUCAACCAAAAACCGAACCUGGGUCACUCCCCAUUCUCUCAUCAAACAACCGGUAACAAAAGCUUGGAGACGAUGAGCAUUCCUGAGCUCAUUCAAAUUCUUCGAGUUAAGUGGCAAAAAGAGGAUUAUGACAGAGUUGAAAAGGCUUUGGUAGCAAGAGAGGAAAAACUUAAAACCAAGGUUGGUCAACUUGAAGAGAAGUUUCAGAUUCAGAGUCUAGCUACGAUUGAUGCUGAGAAGGUACAAGGGCUUUAUGAGACGUUGUUUAAGGAAGUGAAGGAAAGUGGGUUGGACAAGGAAACCAUUGAGAAUUUGAGGGAGAAGAACAAGGAGUUAGAGUGCGAGAAUCUUAAGUUGUUGGAGUUGAAGAACAAAUGUGAGGUUGAUGGCAAUGCUGUUGAUGAAUUAAGGAAGAAAGUGGCUGAGUUAGAGGCUGAAAAGAAGAAUAAUUUGGAUACCACUACUGAGUUGAAUGAUAAGAAUGGGAAGUUGGUGGAUGAGAAAUUGAAGGCUGAGUUUACGUUUUCGGAAUUGCUUGACAUGGUUUCGAAAUGUUCGGUAAGGUUUUGGAUGAGUGAUGCUUCUUUUGAUGGAGAGCAUGAUAUUAAUAAAGCUGAUGAUCCUGGUUUUCCUUCUAAAGUCAUAGAAGAAGUGAAGGAGUUCAAUGAUGAAAUCAAUGAUGGUUCUCUACCUUUGCGAAGAAACAAAGAUUUUCAUCAAUCUCAUGGUGCUGCAGCUGCUGAGGGAGGAUCCAAAUUUCAAAAUAUCAUUGAGAUCAGUGACAAUGACCAUGACGAUGAUGAUAUCCCUAUUUCACGAGUAAUGCAAGCAAAAGCUACCGAAUCACGCAAAAGAAAGCUCCCAUUCUCACAAUCUUGUUCUGGCAAUAGGAGUGGUAGUUUUGGUUAACUCAGGUACAUAGGUCCUGCAUUUUUAGACUCCCUUUUAAGGUAUAAUUGUUCCUAUACACAUUCAAGUCAAAUAUGGUUCUAAACUUGUAACUUAUCCUUUCAUGGAUUGAAAACAAUGAUGUGCAGAUUGCUCUCUUUAGUCUAAUACAUGGAAGUUUCUGUUAGUUCUUAGACUUGAAAACAUUAGCACUCAUUGUAUAAUGUAUAUAGUGUUGGUUGAUAUGGUAAUGUUUUGUAUGUUAUUUCUCUUUCAUUUUCUAAAUUUUAGACGGUGAUAUAUAUACAAAUUUGUGCUUUUUCUUUUGUUUGUUGA